CCACGUAUCUUCUCAGAAAGAUGCCAUAAAUUACCUUCGCUUCCAUUCUGAUUGCCUCAAUCAAAAAUCACAGCUAGGAAAAACCUUUCGGAAACCCUAAUUAUGCAAAUUUUCAAGAAUUCAGCAUCCCCAAUUUACAGAAUCUACAGAAACAGAAGCUUCUAUUCAAGAUUCUUCUGUAAUAAUCAACAACAAAAAUCUCAUUUUGAAGAUGUAGGUUCUUCAAUGGCCUCACGUCUAAAAACACGAUCUGUAAUUCGUUUUAGAGGUCCUGAUACUAUUAAGUUUCUUCAAGGUUUAGUAACAAAUGAUGUAAGAAAGUUUGGUGAAGCAAUUGGGGAGAAAACAUCAACUUUAACUACACCAAAUGUAUCAACAGUAUCAGAAACACCAAUUUAUGCAGCAAUGCUUACACCUCAGGGGAGGUUUUUGUAUGAUUUGUUUAUUUAUAGACCUUCUCGUUCUUAUGAGAAGCUUGAUAAAACUGGCUCUAAACCUGGUUCAAACCCAACAGAUGACCCUUUUGAUUUGCUUGCUGAUGUUGAUGCUACUGUUACGGAUGAGCUCAUGGAUUGCUUUCACAAAUUUCGGCUAAGAUCAAAUGUUGAUAUUGAAAAUUUGAGUGAGGAAUUUUCUUGCUGGCAACGUUUUGGUAAGAACCUAUCUACAUCGUCUGAUUCGAAAGAAGAACCUGAGGCUUCAGCUCUUGGCUGGGGUGCUGGUGUUGACAAAGCUGGUCAGUCAUCUACAAAAGGGAAUACUUCUGGGUGGCAAUGGUACAAAGAUCCCAGGUUGGACAGUCUUGGUUUCAGGGGAAUUUUUCCUUCAAAUACAAUACCACCAUUGGUUGAGGCAAACAAAGAAACUGAUGAGCUAAAUUACCUUCAAUGGAGAGUAGAGAAGGGAGUGGCAGAGGGAUCAACUGAGAUUCCUAAAGUGAUGUUUCGAUUAAGUGGUUAUAUGGACCCCAAAGCACGUGUAAAGAAAAAGGUUCUUAAUUUUGUGGAACCAAAUUUAUAUAUUUGCAUCUGGAAAUGGAGCAGACCUCUUUUGUUCUCUUGGGCAUUAGGCUGCCAUUCCAUGUCAUCUGACAUGAACACAAAGCAUAUCAUUUAUAGAAUUGCUACAUUACUUCGCAAAAACAGAGGUGAGGCAAUUCCGCUUGAGUACAAUCUUGCUGGCUUGAAUGCUAUAAGCUUUGACAAAGGAUGCUAUGUCGGGCAGGAGUCGGUUGCUCGAACUCACCACCGUGGUGUCAUUAGAAAACGCCUGCUUCCUUUAAAAUUUCUCAACAAAAGCGGAGAUGAAGUAGAGCAGAAGGUAGCUCCAGGAUCAGAAGUAGUUGGAGUUUCCUCCGACAAGAAAGUUGGGACUGUCACAACUGCACUUGGGUCUCGUGGUAUGGGUCUACUGAGGCUAGAAGAAGCCUUUAAAGGAUCAGGCUCCUUGAGUCUUAAAGGGCAAGAUAAUGUAAAGAUCGAAGUUAUUCGACCAGAUUGGUGGCCAUCUGAAUGGUUUCCAGAUCAUUAACACGCUUCAGUUGCUUCAAAAGGGAAAGCGACACCAGUCUCUCUAUCUGUAUCAAGUUAAAAGUUUAUGUAAUUCUAACCUUUUUUGUAGUUGAUCAAAAUAAGAAGAGAAACAUGUUUUGUAUGUUUAUCCUACAUGUGGUCAUUGACUACAUUGGUUUUUCAUAGUAAAAG